AUGGUCUCGGACGUCCUCAUCCGAGUGCUGUACGCCAACCCCGCCGCCGCGCGUAAGGUGUGUCUCUGGCUUCUCGUGCUUGCGCAAGCGCUCGCGCUCGGCGUCGGCUUGAACAGUCCGCAGUUGGAGACGGACUUUUACGUCUUUUCGCAUACGAACUACGUGCUGCGCUUUGCGACGGGCGGCGGCGCGUCGACAAUCAUCUGCCUCCUCACCGACAUGUACGGCGUCUACAACGUCGGGACGAUGUACGGCUUGAUCAUCACGAGCUGGUCCAUCGGCAUGGUCAUCGUCGGCGUGUCGUUUGCGGGCGAAAAGCAAGUCUUCUUGCGCCAGCUCGACGCGCUUUGGGUCUUGGCGAUCGCCGGCAGCGUCUUCAUGCUCUUUGUACGCACCAACUCAAAAGAUCGGUUCUUCCGCGGCUACCAGCUCACGAUCUGGAACAGACACGCCGACGACGAGGACUACCACGACAUGGUCUUGCUGUCGCCAGACAACGGGUCGUCCUUCAUGUGGAGCUCGGAAUCUGAAAUGGACUUGCCGCAUCGGUCAACGGCAAGAGUGCAAACAGUCUAA